AUGAAUCCCAACAGCAGCCAUCAAGGUACCCGUUCAGAGGAGGAACUAUUUCUAAAUAGCUCGUCGCAGCCACCGGUCGAAUCGCCCGUGGUGGGGCCGCUGCGCAUCAACAAAAGAGAGACCCCAUCGCCUGCACCGCAAAGUGUGCCUCUCCCAUACCCCGACGAACGGCUGAGGCCUCAGCUGCUGCACAAUCCAAGCCCGACAGUCGAUGGUGGACGAAGGUCAGGCGACUCCCCCACCAUCUCACAUCAUCCGCCGGCUAGGACCGACUAUCCACCCGCAUUGCGACCAAGAGAUGGCCGCGAGCCUAAACCAGCAACCCUAGCAGAACGACGGGGCAAUGUGCCUAAACCACUCCCUGAGUCCCCAGCUGGAGACUCCCCCGAUAGGGAAGGACUGUUUGCCAGAAAGGACCACCGCCAGGAUUAUUGGCCGCCGCCCCCGCGCGCGACCUCGUCGGGGACCGCAAUGAGACCACAGCCGGUGCAGAGCUUGCAACCACCGAGCAACGCGAUCAAUCGAAUAAGUUCGACGGCGUCGACCUCCACUACACGCGCCCAAAGGGGCUCUCCUCCUCCCCCAGAAACCCCCAUUGUUGAGCCCGGUCAACAGCCAGGAUCCGACAUCGAAGCUCGCUAUGCGGCGUCUGGGAUCGCCGGCUCGUCAACACUAUCGGGCUUGCAAGUCCAGAGCACUGCUGCCCAGAGGAGAGCCGAACAGUACGCAGGCCAUCAGACUACGAACCACCCGCCCGUUCAGCGGCCAUGGACUCCAACAGAACAGCCAGGGACCCAACCGCAUGGACCACCUACGGUGUAUCAGGGCGCUGGGGUGAUCUCCUCAGAGAAUCCCCCUGCAAUUUUACACUCUCCACAGCCCGUUGCAACUCCAUCGCAUGUCCCUUCGGCAAAUCAACCUCCAAGAGUCCUCCCGAAUGCUCUGGAGCAGGAUUUAGAACGAAUUCGAAUUAGCUCCUCUCCUCCCCCAGCGUACUCAAGUGUAUCCGGAUCUGCCGCCUCCCAGGGAUAUCCGAAUGAAAAGCCGCCUGUGCCCCCAUCGACAGGACAGCCAGCGCCCUCUGCACUGCAUCCUGCGACGAUGACGCCUGUAAACGGAGCCGUACCUGCUGCGACACUGGCGUCUUCGGCUCAGAACCAUCCUGCUUUUGCCAAUGAUCCACAAGCGCAGCAGCAGUCGCAGCCGCAGCAGCAACAACAGCCACAGCCGCAACCACAGCUGUCGGGGCCAUCUCCAUCGAACGUUAUCCAGUAUGCAACUCAGAAUGGAACGCUGCAAACGAUCCAACAGACCCAAGCCAGCGCCUUGCCAACCCCAUCGGGAAUCCCACCAGCUUCACCUCCCCCUCUCCCAGAAGGGUGGAUCGCACACCUGGACCCGAACUCGGGCCAGUACUAUUACAUUCACCUUCCCACCCAGUCAACGCAGUGGGAGUUCCCGAAGGGUCCAACGCCACUGAACCUCAAUGAAACCCCUUUGUCCCCAGUGGGAAGCGUGUACAGCACUCACCCUCUAUCGUCCCCGGGGCUGUCGGCCUUCAGCAAGCCACUAACCUCACCAGGCCUCCCUUUAACUCCGGGGUAUGAGAGCUUGCAAUCCCCGGUGGUGGCCGGCUUUACUGGGGCCCCGCCAAGCAGCGGCGUUGAUGUGUAUAAAGUUGUUCCAACGAAUGGCGUCUACUUUGGCCCAUACCUUCGCUACACGAAUAUGGACGUGGAGCGUGGCAUUUGGCUAGGCUCUAUUCUCCUCGUCACCGACGCUGCACAACCGCCAACGAUCCACAUCCAUCAGAGUCUUGACCUUUCCCCUAAUCCCCGACAGCUGAAGCCGAUGUCCAUUGCCGCUCAUCAGCGAUGGGCCUUCUACAAGUAUGAUAUUGACUGCCAGAUGGAUGACUCCGGCCCUGCAAAAUGGACAUACGCCAUCACUUCCCACCUCGGGUGCACUCGCUACGAAUUUCUGGUGGCAGGACGCCAUGAGAGCAACUGGCGCUUGGUCACGACAUCGGGCAACGAUUUCUCACUAAACGUGAACGCAAAUGAACGUUCCCGUCUCGGAGGGGCGGGAUUGAUGUGGAAGGACAUCAUGCAGAAGCACAAUGAAAUCGGAGGAUUCCAUGCACAACUGUCUCUCGGGGGUCAGAUCUACGCGGAUCGAAUGUGGAAGGAGGUCCCAUCCCUCAGGCAGUGGCUUACUAUUAAGGGGAAAGAAGCCAGGAAGAAUGUGCCCUGGACUGCUACCCACGAGGAGGACGUAUCUCAUGCCUACUUCCAUUACUAUACCAGCCACUUUGACCAGCCAUAUCUUCGGGAAUCGUUUGCACAAAUUCCCUACGUUUGUCAAAUCGAUGAUCAUGACAUAUUCGACGGAUUCGGAUCAUAUCCCGAACAUAUGCAAUUCUCGAAUAUGUUCAAGAACAUAGGGAGGGUUGGCAUAGAAAUGUACUUACUAUUUCAGCACCAUACUACGCUGGAAAUGCUCCGCAACGUCAGCACGGACACAGACUUAUUCACAAUCACCGGAACCGGUUGGCAUUUUGUCAAGUAUCUCGGACCGGCGGUGGUCGUGAUCGGCCUCGAUUGUCGAUCAGAAAGGAAUCCUCACCAAGUAGUGGCAGGACCGACGUACCAAGGUAUAUUCCCCAAGGUUGCAAUGCUGCCAUCAUCUGUGCAGCAUUGCCUAUGGAUGAUAUCUUUGCCUAUCAUCUAUCCACGUCUGGAAACAGCCGAGCACAUUGCGCACACGGUUGCUACGGGGAAAAGAGCCGUCACGGGGGCGUAUAAUGUUCUUGGGAAGGUGACCAGCUCCGUGGCCGGCGUCGUCGGCGCGAAAGAGGUGGUUGGCUCCGGGUUCGAUUCAGUUAAACGUGCUGUAGGAAAAUCCGGCCUAAUGGGCGGGAUUUUGAGCCCGUUUGGAGAAUUUGACGUGCUUGACGAGCUCCGGGAUCAAUGGACCCAUGAAUCCAAGGAACUCGAGCGGACCUAUUUCAUUCGCACCCUACAAGGCAUUGCACACCAGAAGUCCUUACGCAUGACAUUCCUUUCCGGUGCAGUCAACGUCUGCGGUGCAGGCUUGGUGCAUGACCCUGCCCAUCCUUCGGACCAUAAAACCAUGUAUCAAAUCAUUUCUUCGGCGGUGGUGAACAGUCCUCCCCCUUCGUAUAUCAUCAAACUUCUCCACAACAGCAACAAACCACUCUACGUCCCUGCCAACGGUCAUCGCUCCACUCCGUCGCAACCCACAGAUACGAAAGAAGAUAUGAUGGAGAUUUUCCAAUCCGAUGUUACGGGCCAGCCGCGGGAGCACCGAAAGUUGAUGGGUCGCCGGAACUAUGCUGCCAUUGUGGCUUAUGACCCAGACGCUGUCAACGCAAUGUACAGUCAGACAGGGAUCGGCUACGCAGGGAACAAGUUAAAUCUUGCCGUAGAUUUCAUGGUCCAGGGCGAAGGAACCUAUGGCACUGUGGUCAAGUAUGGUCCGGUCAUUGUUCCAAGCCUAGAGCGUGGAAAUUGA